CCCUCCCUCUCCCUCUCCCUCUCCCUCUCUCUCUCUCUCUCUCUUUACGCACCGCGGCUCCGGACUCUGAACCGCCUCAUCAUCACGGAAAAACCCGGAGCACCGUGAGAGUCAGACUGACUGAUGCUCACGGAGGACGGACGGGCGGUGAGCAUGUUUCCUCUCUGGACGAACCGGACCGCCUCUCCGGCUUCCUGAGCGCGGAGCGAGACAUUCCUCCAUCUUCAGCUGCUCUCUCCUCUCAGGCGGGACACCGUGCGAGGCAGCCGGGGCUGCUUUCACCGGGGAUUUACGCUGUUUGCAUCGUUUCCUACAAUCUGUGCUCUGUCUGCCGGUAACCGGAGCUUGGAUCACCCUCAUCUUCCCCAUCAUGGUGUCAGGCCCUGGGAGGUGUCCCGGGCGUCCCGGCGGGGUUGUCCGGUACCUGGUGUCCGCCUGCCUGCUGUCUCUGCUGCUCUGCCCGCCGGAGGCUCGGGCUUCUUAUUACCCACAGAGCGGAGAGUGCAAAGGCAAAGGGAAGGACUGCACAGAUCUGUCGGAGAAGAAGAGCGACCUGAGGGUUUGUGAUGACUCCACCUGUCGAUUCGGAGGCGUCUGCAGAGACGACGGCGCUCAGCUCAAAUGUGUCUGCCAGUUCCAGUGCCACAAACAUUACGUCCCCGUGUGCGGCUCCAACGGAGACACCUACCAGAACGAGUGCUACAGGCGCCAGGCGUCCUGCAAACAGCAGAGGCUCAUCUCCCGGGUGUCGGACGGACCCUGCUCUGCCGAUCCCGGAUCCGGCUCGGGAGACGGAGACGACGAUGAAGGUUCAGGCUCUGACGCUGGGAAGAAGUUCACCAAGUGCAGCACGUGUAAAUACGGAGCCGAGUGUGACGAAGACUCUGAGGACGUCUGGUGCAUCUGUAACAUCGACUGCAGCGGUCACAAUGAAAACCCGGUGUGCGCCACUGACGGGAACUCCUACAACAACCCCUGUCUGGUCCGAGAGGCGUCAUGUAUGAAGCAGGAGCAGAUCGACGUCAAACACCUGGGCAGGUGCCCCGCUGAUAAAGAGAAACUGGGGAAGAAAGACGACAGCAGUCCUUUCAAAGUAAACGUCUUAGAAACCAAAGGCACGGACCACGGCGACGGUUUCUACGCCGGGAUGCCGAUCCCCUGCGCCGACAGCUACGCCGGCUUCUGUGUUCACGGGAAAUGUGAGAUCAAGUACAACAUGGCCACCUGCAGGUGUGAAGCAGGCUACAAAGGUCCUCAGUGUGACGAGCCUCAGGACUUCAACAUCCUCUACGUGGUUCCCAGUGGACAGAAGCUCCACUACGUCCUCAUCGCCGCCAUCAUCGGCGCCGUGCAGAUCGCCAUCAUCGUUGCCGUGGUGAUGUGCAUCACAAGGAAAUGUCCGAAAAACAACAGAGGUCGCCGACAAAAACAAAACCUGGGACACUUUUCCUCGGACACUAACUCCAGGAUGGUAUAGCCGUGUUUGUCUGGGUUCUUUUUGAUAAGUUUUUUCUUACGGCGUGGGAAUACCAUUUUUUAACGGUAGAUGUGUGGUAUUAAUUUUUUUCUCCUGGGAAACCAUAAAUAAGAAGAACGAGAAUAUUUAUUUAAGGGGCCUUAUUUUCCCUCCUUAUUUGUUUUUGGAUGGAAUCGUUGCGCAUUCAUCUGCGCGAUCUUCUUUCUUUGCCGCAAAAACCAAGUACAAGGAGCUGAAUCGUCAAAAAACCCGUUGUCACUUUACAUGGUCACCAUGUCUGCUGUCUUAAUUACUUUAAACUGCUUUGUUAGAGGUUUUGUUGAAUGCUUUAUGAAUACAAUAUCUUUGGUAAACUGGCUAACAGAGUAAUGCAGCCCCUCUGGAAUGUGCUAUUUAUUGAAAAUGAUUAUCCGUACGCCCGUCUCUUACGUUUUACUAAUAAUGUGCAGCUGAUCACCAAAUGCAGUUUGUUUGUCAUUUUUAAUUAUAUUUCUUUGUAGGAGGCGAACGGGGGCCAGCCAGUGAUAGAUACAGUAUGUUUACACUUAUUCUUUGGUAUGAGUCCAUGUAAAGACUUCACUGUGUUCAAACGAGCUAAUAAUUUAUUAUAAUGAUAAUUUUUCUUUAAAGUUUUACGUUAACUUUUAUUUUAAAUGUCGGUUUUUAAAUUCUAGUUCCUGUAUAUUCGCAUGACUUGUGAAAACUGUGUACCGUGGUGUAGUUUUAACUUUUUAAAAGAAAAGCCGACGGCCUCGACGCCUCUUCCAUCUCAGAGAUCCGAUGGAGAUGAAAAAAUCCACACAGAGUCGGACUAAUGAACGGAGGACUGACGGGGGUGGUUGAGUCGGUGAAAAAAAGAAAGGAAUGUGUAAUGUUUGCAAAAAAAACAACAGUCUACUGUCUUUACCGCACCACGACAUAACAAAAAAAAAAGAACACUCGUAGUUCAUUGAUGGUGGGGAACGUUGAAGCCUGUUGGCUUCGACAAAGAUCAGAUUUGUGUUGAGGAAUGUUUCUGCAACAUCGUCCGAGGAUUGUAAAGGAAGUGUGUCGGCUGAUUCGGGAGUUCGAAGGACUGGAGGUCAACUCUAAAUGAUAUUUUUUGGUCUUGGUUGCACAGAUGCUGUAAUCAAGGAGAAUAAUUGUUUGUUUGUUUUAGACAUUCCAAGCACAGAAUGAAAUCCUGUAAUAAUCCAAUAGGUAAUAGUCGGAACAUACCGUACAAAUGCCACAUAAAGACCCCAUUUGAUUCAGAUAUUAAUGCAAGCAAAUUCACUACCAUUAAAGCCUCUUAGUGUAUUAAUGUUAAAAAGCAUUGGCGUCAAACAGUGCAGACAAAUACUGGAUGUAGAAAGUCACGUGACAGUAGAUUCAGAUUCAAACAAUCCCAACAACUUCACAACCAUCCAACGUCUUAUCUGUGAUGUUCCCUCGCGUUCCCGUUCUAAUAUUCUGUAUGUCAACUUAUUUUCUGGUGCGUUUUAUAUCAAAGUCCCGUCAUUCUCUUACAAACUGUCACAAACUUUGCUGAUUCCUCCUCCGUCACACCUCAGUGCUCUAAAACUGAAACGUUCGUUUGCUUCCGAUCAGCUUCAACUCUUCUUAACAAUCACAAACGAACUCUUCUGCAGCAACACGGCAGCUGUAAUCAUGAAAUGACUUGUUUGUUUUAUCUUAAUUAAUCUUUCAUUUGAUGCAGCUGUUUGUUGUUCUUUGCGUUGGGUAUCUGGAUGUUACGUUAACGUCGGUAUUUGCAGUAUCCAAACUUCGAGCUGCUGUUCGCUCACAUACAAAUUUUUCAAUACUGUCACAACAAACUGAGUCUAUGUGUAAAAAAACUGAAUGUUCUGUUUCCUCUGUUGGGAUGUGAAAUUAAUUGUCGGGAAAUUAACUAUGCAUAAACUUUACUGCCAUUUCCUUUGCAACUUACAGAAUAACAACUAAAACUGAGACUAAGAGCUCAAAGAAAGAAGAACUUCGUAGGUCACUGAAGGGUCCGUUCACACCAGCAUUAUAACAGUGAAAGUUUGGACCAAAACCAAUUCAUAGUACUCGAUUACUCCAAUAUAGACCACAAAUAGCCAGCCUCUCUCCUUACGUUGUACCCAUUGUAUUACUUCUUCAGAUCAAAACCAAAUUUUGCAGCAUCAUCCACCACUACCCAGUCGAGGAAGCUAUUAUAUCAGCUGUGUGGCACCGUGUGGUUUUAUAUACCACCAGCCAGCGCAGUGGUACGACGAAUUCUUCAAUCAAAGUGUUAUUGUCUGAUUAAUGACCAAGCUAGCUUUAUAGCUCAUAGUUUUCAUGUUUUAGGGGUUUUACACUGUUGUCUGAACAAAACAAGUAUAAACGUUUAUCAGACAAGUCAAACAAAUAAUUAAUAAUUAAAUACAGUUCAAAUUUUAAAUAAUGACCCACUGGCUGCACAAAUUGGCCACUGGACAAAAGCUAGCCACCUGGAGCUAAUAUCUGCAGCGCCUACAUGUGGGUUCAGUCGCCAACACUAAUCCUCAACGUGCCCGACUCCGUUACCAAUUCAGCUACGGAGCUAACUAACCUUUAGCUCAGGCAUGUACGAAUUAUACUGCAGGAAUUCAAAGCUGUUGAGCUAAUGCUAUUAAACGUUGGUUAGCCACAGAAAAUUAAAUCAUUUAGCCUUCACGCUGAUUGAGACUGUAUUUGAAGUCAGGUUCAUUUUCUCUUGUGCAUGCAGAGUAGAGAAAACGCAUGACGGAGACGUAACGCCACUUUUUUUUUUUACCUGUGCUUCUUUCUCGUUGCGUUUCCGUGAAAGAGGAACUGAAUCUCUGAGGCUGUGCCGAGGUUUGCGUUCAGACUUUUUGAUUUUCUUUUCUCUGUAACGUCUUCGUCUACGUCGAUAGGUCGUAGGUCCGCCCUCCCACCCCGCCUCCGCUGAGCAACGUGUUUCUGUUUGUUGUCGACCAUCGCAGCCGUGACUUCUCUAAAUGUGACUAGAAUGUGUUUGACAUGUUAAUAUUCUGCAUGUAGACUUUGAGGGGCUAUUUUUGGUCUCUGCCAAAAUAAAAAAGGAAAUGUUUUUUUAAUGU